AUGUUUAAGGAUUUUCUUGAGAAAAAGUUAGAAGAUAAAGGAAAGCAAAUCGAACAAAGGAGUAAGCUAGAUAAAGAAGUUGUACAGCUAAAGUUCAAAGGUAACCAGAAACAAUUUGAGCUUAAUGCCGAAUUAGAUGCCAUUUUUGAAAGCAUUGAAACUGAAAGUGAAAGCAUCGAGCCAAAUUUGUCGCAGAUCAAGAAACUUUCCCAAGAAGGCAGGCAACGUAUUCGAAAGCGACAGAAGCUGAUAAAAAAUCGCUGAUAAAAGUAGGGACGGCUGGCAGGUUGUAGCCGAGUACGAGUCGGACGAGCUUGCAUCCGGCUCCGAAGAUGAAAAGCUUCUUAAGAAGGCAAGAGAAGCGGCGAGCCGCAAGAGAGAGACGUCAAAAGGAACAACUCUCCAGUGAUCGUGGAAAGAAACCAAGAGUUGCUUUGGGCGCUGAUAAUCAGCUUUUUGUGGUAAGAAAAAGAGCCUCCUCUUUACUUCGUAUUUGUUCAUAUGUGUUUUGGAUCUGCUUGCGCAUCCUACCAUAUUUCUCGUGUGAUUUGUUUGUAUUACGGGAAUUUAAGGGUAAAAUGAUUUACGUUCGUUUGAGCGAAGCGAAUUAGAACGUAAAUGUAUUUUCCCAGAAACUCCAAGUAAUUAGUCGCACUUGUUUUCGUCUCAAACCUGCCGCACCCACUAUUGAGCAUUCUGUUUUGCAUGGAUGUCUUGAUUGGCCAGUUAUUAGUAUUUGUACUCUCCGUUGUCUCUCGAGUACCAUUCACGCUCGCGGUUCCAUACAGUUUAUUCAUCUUUCUGGUUUACGCCCCCCACCCUCCCCCUCCCGUUUACUACAGGUUUCGUCAUUGCUUUUAUCUUUCAGGCCGUAGAGACGCUUCUGACGAUUUCUUUCGCGGUUUCAAAUGCGGCAAAUUUGGACACUGGACCAAGGACUGUAGAUCCAUGUUCUGGCCGAGAAGUUACCAGUCCCCUAGCUACAAUUCUUGCCCUGUAA